CAAUAUAUGGUAUCUAAUGCGGGCCAUUCACUAGACGGACCUGAACUCGGACGGCAACCGGGACCCGACUGACGACUCAUCCACGUUUGUCAAUACAUUGGACGGAAAUUACACGAACCCUGCAAAAGAGCUCAUUUGUACACUGAAUGUGGCGAACCCAAUAGCAUUAUGUCUCCGAUAUUAUCAAAAAAGGCGAAAGUUGCUUUGGCUGUAGGUACAAUCAUAUUAUUAGAAUCAGAAAAAAAGAAAAAACGUGUUUGGGUGAAAGAAUGGCUGCAAAAGAGAGAACAAUUUACUCAUCUGCGAUUAUUGAAAUGUAUCCAAUCAUGUGAACCACUUGAUGUUAUAAAUUAGCUCAGAAUGGACUAUGACGCAUUCCAAGAAUUAUUAAUGCUAGUAAAACCUCUGAUAGAAAAGAAGAACACUUUAUUCAGAGAAGCAGUAAGCGUUGAAGAACGUCUGUUGGCCACCUUGAGGAUUCUGGCAACUGGAAGGAGUUAUGAAGACUUAAAGUUUUCUUGUAUAAUUUCUCCUCAGUUACUUGGAAGAAUAAUUCCAGAAACGUGUGGUGCUAUAUACAACUGCCUCCGGAAGAAAUACUUAUGUUUUCCAUCAAAAGAAGAGGAAUGGCUCAAAGUAGCAGAAGGAUUUAACAAUAUGUGGCAAUUUGAAAAUUGCUUAGGAGCCGUAGACGGCAAACACAUAGCUAUCAAACAGCCCCCAGGAAGUGGUUCAUACUAUUAUAACUAUAAAGGAUUGUGUUGUUUGCUAUCGUAA